AUGUCAGUUUUAGAGGACAUGGCCUGCUUUAAACGUAAUGGCGACAUUGAGUCUCUUAAAAAAUCUUUGGAGCAAGCAGUGGCGAAAUUUCUCUCGGAAACAGCGAAGUCGCGAGCAGCCUCUAGCUACUACAAAGAUAUUUAUUUCGCAGGCCAAAAUAAAACUACAGAAGAGAUCUGCACUAUUGUGAACAAUUUGGAGUACGUGCGUCGAUCGCUUGCUGAAUACGAUGACGAGCACAUGACGGAACACAUGAGCACGGCCACAGACGAGAGCGCCCGUCAACUAGUCCGCGGCGCGUUAGGAACGCUGGACGCGCGUUCAACACGCGCGGCUGCACCACUCUCAGCGCGCGCAAGACCGCCAUUACGAAAAGCAGUCUUCCAUCUAGCUUGGUCGCCUGAUACUCUCCCGACAACACAGGCUAUCACUCCUCUACUGGAGUUUCUGGACCAGCAUCUAUCUUCGCUCAAUACAUGGCUGCUGCCGCGGGCAUUCACUAGAGCUCUGGCCGGGUGCUGGAGUGCCGUCCUGAAGGAGGUGUCAUCACAGGCCGACGCCGGCGGCGCCGAAAGACCUAGGGUGUACCACCACAGGCUUAGAGAAGCCUUGGACUUGCUAGCUGAUUUCUUUCACGCGGAGGGCAAAGGUCUACCGAUGCACGAAGUCCAUAAUAUGGAAUGGGGUCGCGUGGAACAGCGAAUGCAAUAUCAUCAGGCGCCCACUGAAGAACUCCUCGAGAUAUGGUUAGCCGAUAGACUGGCAGAACAAAUGAGAACACCUUUACCAUCGCCGUAUGGUUCUAUUCUUGUCAGGGUUUAUUUCAACCACGAUUCGCUUUGCGUUGAGGUGCUAUCGGCCCGUGACGUAAUCCCCCUUGAUCCAAACGGGUUGAGCGAUCCAUUCGUUGUCCUGGAACUACUACCUAAACGGCUCUUCCCAAAAGCGCACGAGCAGAGCACUAAUGUGCAAAAGAAAACGCUGAACCCCAUCUGGGACGAGUGCUUCGAGUUCACCGUGUCGCUGGAGUCGUGCCGGUCGCCCCAAGCGGCGCUGUCUUUAUCCGUAUGGGACCGAGACGUACUGACGGCGGACGACUUUGCGGGAGAGGCUUUCGUGGCGCUCGCGCGGGUGCCCGGCGUCAACAGCCACGCUCCGCCGGACCCGCUGCGCCCGCUUGAGCUGCCGCUGAUGCAGCUCCAUGAUCGGAAUCACCCCAUCUUGCAAAUACUGGAGUCCCGAACAACCGACAAGAUGGCUAUAGAUUUCGUCAAGAAACAAAAGUUAAGGUUUGCUGAGCAGUAA